UGGAGCUAGUACUGUUGUCGGACGCUUUAUAUAAAAGUCAACACACUGCUAUGUGCACCCAUCCAAAUUCCCCACUGCCUUCCGACAAGGGAGUAGCCAAACUACCAGCUCGUGACGUAAGUGACAUAUCAAGGCACGCGACAUGCACGAGCCAGUUUCACGAUUACUGGACAUGGAAACCGAGGCUAGAAUGCCCGUAAUGCCAAUGACCACUAUAGAUGGUCAGGGGAUUUUUAAAGCGAUGACCAUGGAUAGACCAUCAUGUAUGUUCACAAUUUCUCCUCAAUCUUCACCAACUACACCAGAAGCAAAAUUUUACAAAGUUAUGAAGGAAAAUGUAAGAGAAAUUGUGUGCAAGAGGCGUCUGGAUUUCAACAGCCAAGAUACCUAUCUUGGACUAACCAAACCUCCAACCGUGGCCGUUGAACGACGCAACGAGCGCGAGAGAAAUAGGGUUAAAUUGAUAAACAUGACAUUCGCAACUUUACGUGAACAUAUUCCAGCUGGUGGCAAAAAUGGUAAAAGUAAAAAAAUGAGCAAAGUGGACACUUUAAAAGCUGCCAUCGACUACAUCCGGUAUCUUCAGCAACUUGUGGAUGAGCAUGACGCCGUGAACGCAGUACUGGACAACAACUGUCUUCCCAAAUCGGCAAUCUCUCCAGCUUCUCCAUCCGUGCAUUCUCCAACUCCAAGCAACUCCUCGGAGACAUCGCACGAGAUCCUGAGUGCCGAGGAGGAAGAGCUGCUGGACUUCACCAACUGGUUCUGAAACUCUUCGUCAAAGAACCCGGAUGUUCCGGUACAGACAGAGAAUAGCGUGUGUUCUACAAGGCCCCGCCCUCGGUAACGCCCCCUAUCGAUUCCCCCGCACCUGAUUGGUUCUAAUAUUGGACCGCGACGCAAGCUGCGAACAGUAGCACAAGUCGGAAGACGGUGAUAGAGAUUCCGGAUCGGCACCGCAGGUCAGCGUCACAGCUACCCAGUAUAGAAAUGCAAAGGCUAUGACGAAGGCCAAACAGACAAUGACGAUACGCAGUUGUGUACAGGUGUGCAUAUAUCAUGUGGCUGACAAGCCACGCCUGUCACUGGAAGGACACGUGUGUGUAUAAGUUGCCCAGUGUGGCGGUAGAACGCUGGAAUUAAAACCAUUACGCGUCCAGAUUUAUUUAUAGAUAUUCUGAUUAAUAUACUGACAGAUAUAUAUUUUAUAUACAUGUACAACAAAAGCUUUAUCAUGACUUUACAUAUAUGUAAUUAGUGCUCAUCUAUUUAUGUAUUUUUAAAAAUUUAAAUAAUAAAAAUAAUUGAGCGAGUUUCAGUCAAAUGAUACCGGUAAUCAU